AUGAAGGCGACGUGCUGGAUCCUGGCAGGUUUUUGCCUGCUUUUCUGCUGCAAAGCAGAAGAGGGACUGAAUUUCCCCACAUACGAUGGGAAAGACCGAGUGAUUGACUUGAAUGAGAAGAACUACAAGCAGGCCCUGAAGAAGUAUGACAUGCUCUGCCUCCUCUUCCAUGAGCCUGUGAGCUCUGACAAGGUCUCUCAGAAGCAGUUCCAGAUGACAGAGAUGGUCCUGGAGCUGGCAGCUCAGGUCCUGGAGCCCAGGAGUAUUGGCUUUGGGAUGGUGGACUCCAAGAAAGAUGCCAAACUUGCCAAAAAGUUAGGCUUGGUUGAAGAGGGAAGUCUCUAUGUCUUUAAGGAGGAGCGGUUGAUUGAAUUCGAUGGGGAACUGGCCACGGAUGUCUUGGUGGAAUUCCUCUUGGAUCUGCUAGAAGACCCUGUGGAGAUCAUAAACAGCAAGCUGGAGCUUCAGGCCUUUGACCAAAUUGAUGAGGAAAUCAAACUCAUUGGCUACUUCAAAGGAGAAGACUCUGAACAUUACAAGGCAUUUGAAGAAGCUGCUGAACACUUCCAGCCUUACAUCAAGUUCUUUGCCACCUUUGACAAAGGGGUUGCCAAGAAGCUAGGUCUGAAGAUGAACGAGGUGGACUUCUAUGAACCGUUUAUGGAUGAGCCAGUUCACAUCCCCGAUAAGCCUUACACAGAAGAGGAACUGGUUGAAUUUGUGACAGAGCACAGAAGGGCCACCUUACGGAAGCUGCGCCCGGAGGACAUGUUUGAGACGUGGGAGGACGACAUGGAGGGAAUCCACAUCGUGGCCUUCGCUGAAGAAGAUGACCCAGAUGGUUUUGAGUUCCUGGAAAUCCUGAAGCAGGUUGCCAGGGACAACACCGAUAAUCCCGACCUGAGCAUUGUCUGGAUUGACCCUGAUGACUUUCCUUUGCUGAUCACUUACUGGGAAAAGACCUUCAAGAUUGACCUGUUCAGACCACAGAUCGGGGUGGUGAACGUCACAGAUGCCGACAGCGUCUGGAUGGAGAUCAGGGACGACGACGACCUGCCCACGGCCGAGGAGCUGGAGGACUGGAUAGAGGAUGUGCUUUCUGGGAAAAUAAAUACCGAAGAUGAUGAUGAUGACGACGACGACGAUGAUGAUGAUGACGAUGAUGAUGAUGAUGAUGACGACGAUGAUGAUGACGACGAUGAUGAUGAUGAUGACUAA